GAGGAACAAUAGCGCUCGUGCCGGCUCUAAAGGCGAACAACCGUUACGGCGCUUUCUUAUUCAGGAAGCGAGGUUGUGCGCGCGCACGCCUCGGGUUGAAGGGGGGCUGAACGCAAGGGGCGUAGCCUAGGCCGAUGGCGGGCCCGCGCCGCUGGUGGUGGUCAGUCCCCGGCAGAGGGUUAUGGCGGCCACGGCGGUGGUGAAUGAAUUCUCCGGGCGGGAGAGGGAAGAAGACAGGCUUGGCCGCCUCCCGCUCCCCGACUCGCGCCGGGGUCUCCUCCCGCCCGCCUUCUCCCGCGGCCGGGCCGGCUCCCUCCCCGCGGCUCCCUCGGCAGGCACAGGCAGCGGCGGUGGCUCCCUCUCCCUCGCCUCCGCCCCUCUCGCCUUCGCCUCACAAGCGGAACCUCUUCUACUUCUCCUACCCGCUCUUCGCCGCCUUCGCGCUGCUCCGCUUCCUGGCCUUCCAGCUGGGGCUGCUCUUCGCCUGGCUCUGCGAGCGCUUCUCCCGCGGCGGAGCCCUCAUGGCCGCCGCCAAAGGCAGCCCCGCCGCCGGCAGGACGCCCGCGGGAGACGCGCCCGAGGCGGUCCGGGCCUGCCACAAGCGCGCCUUCGAGUGCAUCUCCACGGCGCUGCGCAUCGACGAAGACGAGGCCGUAGGACAGAAGGAACAAGCUGUUGUAUGGUACAAAAAGGGGAUUGAAGAACUGGAGAAAGGAAUUGCAAUACUAGUUACAGGUCAAGGAGAUCAUUAUGAACGAGCUCGCCGUCUCCAGUCUAAAAUGAUGACAAAUUUGGCAAUGGCCAAGGACCGUUUGCAACUGUUAGAGAAGAUGCAGGCAGUUAAGCAAAUCCCCAAGCCGCAAAUGGAAGUGUAUAGUGACAGUACUAACCUGGUGUGCCGCAAUGGACAUCUCCAGUCAGAAAGUGGAGCUGUUCCAAAAAAGAAGGAUCCACUGACUCUUGCUAGUAACUCCCUUCCUCGGUCAAAAUCUGUUACAAAAUCUGGAUCUGUAGGACUCCCAAGUCAUCAAAGGAUGCCGAGUUAUAGUGGGAUAUCCAACUUUUCUGCACCAAGACAGGUACCUGCUCCUGCAACUUCAGGUCAAAAGGUUACUCCAAAAAAUAAUAGAGCCAACAAGCCUUCCACUCCUACAACUGCAGUUCGUAGAAAAAAGGAUACAAAGAUUUUUAGAAAUGUGGAUAGUAAUCUUGCUAAUCUUAUUCUCAACGAAAUUGUAGACAGUGGGCCAUCUGUCAAAUUUGAUGAUAUUGCUGGUCAGGAGCUGGCUAAGCAGGCAUUGCAAGAAAUUGUUAUCCUUCCUUCUCUUAGACCUGAGUUGUUUACAGGACUUCGGGCUCCUGCACGUGGAUUGUUAUUGUUUGGUCCACCAGGAAAUGGGAAGACAAUGCUGGCCAAAGCUGUGGCUGCAGAAUCGAAUUCAACCUUUUUUAACAUAAGUGCUGCAAGUCUAACGUCAAAAUAUGUUGGUGAAGGAGAGAAACUAGUGCGUGCUCUUUUUGCAGUAGCCAGAGAACUUCAGCCUUCUAUAAUUUUUAUAGAUGAAGUGGACAGCCUAUUAUGUGAAAGAAGAGAAGGUGAACAUGAUGCUAGUAGACGUUUGAAAACAGAAUUCUUGAUUGAGUUUGAUGGUGUACAGUCUUCAGGGGAAGAUCGAAUCCUUGUAAUGGGAGCAACUAAUAGGCCACAAGAACUUGAUGAUGCUGUUCUAAGGCGAUUCACCAAACGAGUAUAUGUAUCUUUACCAAAUGAAGAGACACGGCUGCUUUUAUUAAAAAAUCUCUUGAGCAAGCAAGGAAAUCCAUUAACCCAGAAAGAAUUGGCACAGCUAGCUAGAAUGACAGACGGAUACUCAGGGAGUGACUUAACAGCGUUAGCAAAAGAUGCGGCAUUGGGCCCUAUACGAGAACUUAAACCAGAGCAAGUGAAGAACAUGUCUGCUAGUGAGAUGAGGAACAUCAGAUUGUCGGACUUUACUGAAUCUUUGAAAAAAAUUAAGCGCAGUCUUAGUCCUCAAACCCUGGAAGCUUACAUUCGCUGGAACAAAGACUUUGGAGACACUACAGUUUGAUACCCAGUAUUGCUGAAGAUAAAGGAGAAGGUUACAAGGAAGAGACAGUUAACAGAUACUACUGAUGUCCUAUAGUCAGAGUUUACAAAACUUCUCAGAUCUCUAUCUGCAAUAAAAAAAACCAGAUUGAUUUAAGGGGAAAAAAUAAAAAUAAAAGGAUGAGAAUAUCAUAAAUGUUAACAUCCGGAUUUCCACCAAGAACCCUUCAAGAAAGCAUAUUAAGACAUAGCGGAAGAAUUCUAGCAACUCAGUGAUGAUAGGAAAUGUAAUUUGUAUAUAUUGUUGCUGAGUGAAAUAUUCCAACAAUUUUAUCAGUUGCAAAUACUGUUUUUUAAUUUGCUCAUGACAUUUGUUUUUGCUUUGUUUCUCUUAAUCGCUAAGUGUAAGAGUCUGUUUCUCAUUUAGUUUACCUGUGUGUUGACAAAGUGCCAAAAGAAAAUCCUGUGUAUACAUUGGGGUAUUUGAAAAGUCUACUACAUAGCAUAGGUGGUCUUUUGUUUUCUGUUAAAAUGAAACUCAUCAGUUAAUAGAACAGUCUAAAAAGUUAUCUGUCACCAAAAAAAAUCACGACAGGCGUAACCAUCUGAAGCACCAAGUGCUUUUACAUAUAUUUUCUGCAGUGUUUCUCUAAGGAACUUAUAAAAUUUCUAUGAUAGGAAAAUCAUGCAGUGUUCCCAUUAGUUUCAUAUUUCUGGUGACUGAAAGAUGCUUCAAUAUGAUAUUAAUAUGAUCUGUGCAGAUUAGUAUGGCUGUGAUGACGUCAUUGCAUUGCCUUUAGUAUCUUUUGUGUCCUUCAGUUUACACUUGACUUUUUGAAAGUAAAUACAAUUUUUGUAAAUUGUUAUUUAAACCCUUCAGGGUUCUAAAAUUAGAUUCUUAGACAAUUAAGGAGACAAACAUACUCCUGAGAUAGAAGAGGCUUUCCUCUUUAUAGAGUCAGCCUCUUUGCACAGAUGAUGACAGAAAUCUGCAAAGUGGGGGCAAGAGUAAUGUGUGUUCCCCUUCCCAGUGUAUUCAUUUGGAGAACAGCAAAAUAGCCUUUGAAGUCUGCUUAUGAUUCCAUAGCAUUUAAUAUUAGAAGGAUGAACUUAGUUGCCCUUUAAGAUAUGUGAUUUGUUUUUGAUUUACAAAAUGGGUGUUUUUUAAUUUAUAAGAAUGUUUUGAAAAUAAUUUAAGAAUUGUGGGGAAUCUUUUUAAAAUAAAUAUGGGAAGAUCUGCUAAAAGAAAAUUAACGUACAUUUUUCUCAAUUUUUACAAUUAUGCCUUCUAAUUCCAAUUACUGAACUGAAAUGUGAUAGCCAUCUUUUUGGCAGGUGAAGCAGAAAAUGAUUGAUCUUGAACCUUGAACCCCUUUAAUGUGUUCCUAGAUAUCAGUGUUGACAUUAGAAGGGGAAAACCUUGCUAACAGCACCAUGAAAAACUAUAUUGUAAAAUCUACUGUGAUUUAACAAAAUUUGCUAAGCUUUUGCAAAUGGAUUUAACGUGUUUUGUUAACAUGCCUCUUCCCUACCAUAGUGUCUAAAGCUUUGUGGUAAAUGAAUUGUGAUCCACUUCCUCUGGAAAUUUGGAAAAACUUGGUAUUCACAAUGGAUGCCUUCCACGUUUCUCUACUGAUUUGUGAAAAUCUAAUUCUAUUUGCAUGAAAAGGCAACAGAUGCUCCCAAUUCGGGCUAAAAUUUGUAUGUUUAAGCUCUGGACUGUUAAUUCUUGGAUUCAUAACUUGUCAUGGUUUGAAAUAAAGUCAAUACCACGUUCCUA